AGAAGGAUCUUGGUAGCAACUGCCUUUGAGAAAGUAGCUUUAUUAAUGUUAAAACAAGCUUUAUCGGACACAACGCAUACGAGGAGAACGUAUGAGCAAUUUUCCUUUCUGUCCUUCAUUAGACGAGCGGCAAAGAAUGCGUAAAUGGUCAACACAGGGCAGGCUAUUGCGAGCAGUCCGUGAGUUUUGAACCACAGCGAGGAGAGGACUUGGACUACUGCCGCGGAUUGAGUGAAUAUGGUCAACAUUGUUGUGUCUCAGGACUUCUAGAAUAUAAAGGCGAGGAGGAUUUAGGUAGCCUAACAUCGAAAUGUGGUAGUCAUUAUGUGGACUGCGGUUUUCAAUCUGGGAACUAGAUGAACUAUCAAAUCACCGCAUGAAACGCAUUCAGUGACUUGGGUUGGGAAACGCAGAAUCUACCCAAGAUUAGUCGAGUGUUGUUUUGGUAUACAUUAUGUUAAGUGUGGAAUAGCCUUUUUUGCUUACUGGAGGUUCCUCUCGCAAGUGCACUGGAAAACUUUAAUAAAGGCAGGAGACAGCCGACAAAAGGCACGAGUUGUUGAACCCUAGCCCGUGUACCCUACCGCGCAGUAAAAACCGACGGAUGGUCUCCAUUCAUUCAAUUGGCUACAUUGUUGCAUCGGGGCUUGGUUAAAUUUUCUGUUUAAUUGUCCCCGUAUCAUGGAAAAAUACACCAGCUGUCCAGUUUUAGGUUUCAGGACCGUUUGGAAAACACGUUUAUCGAUCUUAGACGGUGCAGUUUAUAGCCUACCAAUAUCAAAUACCUCCGCAUUUAGCAUAGCCAACUGAACGGCGAGGAAUUCAACAUCAAAUAGUUAUUUGUAUUGCAAUGUAUUAGAGAACAAUUGCGCAUUUGUUUAAUUCAUUAACCCGUGGACUUGGCUACAUAUUUGGAACAUGCAUGGUGGAAUACUUAAUUGAGGGCGCAAUUGGAAACGGAUGCGUGGGAGUCUCGAGCCAAUUUAUCCUGAUACCUGUAACUUUCUUCUCAGGCUUGGAGCCCCAUCAUAAAGAGGAGACUUUCGUUCAUCGUGCCUUACAUUUUGUUUUCAUUAAGCCAGUCAGACAAUUGUAGGAUUUGACAGAUUCAGCAGCCUAGGGUACAGCCCCACAUCUUUGUAAACAAUUCAAGCACACAAUUCAACGUCAGACUCUUGAAGAACCUGCCGUAGGACUAACACCGGUCGGAAACUAUAUUUGAAGACUCCUGUAUUCAAGACUGCUUACUGGAUUUACAGAGAUCUACGAUGUCAAUUUCACCAUAUCGCAGAGGAACUCUUCUGCUCUGCGUGGCGCUAAUUUCUAAUGCAUUUGCAGGUAAAGUAUCCCCGACUAGCUCAGAUGCUCUCCUGAGCUCUUCGGCAGUCACCCCCACCCCCAUCCCUCCGGACAUCUACCUUCCCGCCAACUUCAAGCUUUCCAAUGCCCAGUUGGCCUUCUUCCUGCGAGAGACCAGGUCCUCGGGCCAAAGCAGCGGUAGCCCCGCCAACGGACACCCUCUCCAGCGUUCCGAGAGCUUUGUGGUCUUCCAGACCAAGGAGCUUCCCGCCGUCAACAUAACCUUCGGCCCGUUCACCCAGGACCAGAGCCUGUCCAAGGACAUCCUCCAGCCAUCCAGCCCUCUGGACAUCCCCGGGCGGCUGACGGUCAAUUGGAAGGUCCGGGCCUUCAUCGUCCAGUCGAGGGUGUUCUCUAGCAACCCUGUGGUCCAGGUGCUCUUCUACAUCGCCGGUCGCGACUGGGAUGACUUCAAGGUCCAGGACAAGCUGCCCUGCGUGAGGCUCCAUGGCUUCCGGGACGUGCGUGAGAUCAAGACGUCGUGCCGCCUCCAGGGGAACCUGGCCCAGUGCUUGGCCCAGCUGGAGUUGCCCCCCACCUGGUUCAACACCAAUGUGGCCCCCCUGGGCCGGAGGAAAGGCUCCAGCGACAGCCUGGUCAUGGAGCUGAGUGGGGAGUCCCUCCAGGCCGAGCUCUACUACACCCUCCACGACCCGGACAGCGGAGGGGAGUGCGGCGAGAGCUCGGGCCGCAGAGGAGGAUCACGGGGCGAGCCUCCCUCUCAGCAUCCCCUCCUCCGCAUUGGUAGCAUCAGCCUGUACAAGUCCAGCCAGAAGCAGAUGGCUGUGGACAAGCAGCUGGAUAAGAACAUGUUCUUGAGAUUGCCGGAGAAGCCGCUGAAGCCGGGAGAGACCCUCAACAUAUUCCUCUACCUGGUGCCCAACUCCACAGUGGAGCAGUUCACCCUCAAGGUCAAGGCGAAGAAAGGGGUGAAUCUACUGCAAACCAAGUCGAAGAAUGCCCAGUGGACUGUGGACUGGGAUGUGCAGUCCGGGGCAAAGCAUUCCAUCACCACUAUCAACGUGAACAAGAACAAAGGAGUACAAGCCGGGGAUGCACUGGCCAAUAUCGAGGUGAUGCAACUGGACUUUGAGAUGGAGAACUUCACCAGCCAAUCGGUCACCAGGAGGAUCAACUGGAACAUCGACUACCGGGGCCAGAACCCGCCUCCGGACUCGGAGAAGGUGGUGACUGAGUUGACUGUGGUGCAGAAGGACAUUCAGGCUAUCAUUCCGCUCUCCAUGGACACGGAAAUCAUUAACACUGCAAUACUGACUGGCCGAACCGUGGCCAUUCCUGUGAAAGUGGUCUCCAUUGAAAUGAGUGGAGUCGUGACCGACGUCUCGUCCUUCGUAGAGUGCAAGUCCUCUAAUGAAGACAUUGUCAAGGUGUCCAUGAAUUGUGACUACGUGUUUGUGAACGGGAAGGAGACACGGGGCUCAAUGAACGCCCGGGUCAUCUUCAGCUACGAGCACCUCAGUGCCCCCCUGGAGCUGACCGUGUGGGUGCCCAAACUCCCCCUCCAAGUGGAACUGUCCGACAGCAACCUGAGCUUCAUCAAGGGCUGGAGGGUACCCAUUCUUCCUGACCGCAGGAGCGCCAGAGACAGUGAUACGGAUGACGACGAGGAUGACCGGCGGGUGAGUCGGGGCUGCACCCUGCAGUACCAGCGCACCCUGGUCAAGGUGCUGACCCAGUUCCACACCACCUCCACCGAGGGCACCGACCAGGUCAUCACCAUGCUGGGGCCCGACUGGCAGGUGGAUGUGACCGACCUGGUGCAGGAUUCGCUGAAGGUGGUCGACCCCAGGAUAGCCGAGCUGGUGGACCACACUGUGCUGGUGGGCCUAGAGCUGGGGUCCACUGUACUGAAGGUGGAGUCUCCACUCACCAUGGAGGCCAUGUUAGGAGAGACGCCAUUUUCCGUCACCGACGAGAAAGUCUCCAUUUUGGAACUUCGUGUUCAUGCCAUCUCUGGACUUGCUCUGUCAAUACAGCCCAGCCCUGGCAACAGUCACACUAUGGUUGCCAAGGCAACUGGCCUGCAGACACUUACUGCACCAAAGCAGGAGGCCAGCUUGUCCAUCUGGCUUUACUACAGCGACAGUACCGCGUCGCCUCUGACCUUCUUCGACCCCAAGGACUACAACCUCAACGCUUCAACGCUGAACGACAAGGUGGUGUAUGUAUCCCAGGAGCCUCAGCAGCGCUGGCCGGUGGUGGUGGCAGAGGGCGAGGGGUCCGGGGAGAUGGUGCGCAUGGAGAUGACCAUCUGCGAGGCCUGUCAGAAGACCAAGCGCAAGAGCAUCAUCGCUUCGGCCCCUGUGUACGUGAAAGUCCGCUUCGGACCGGAGGAAGACUCCGAGGAGGAAAUGGAGAUUGAAAUUGAGCCAGCCCGUGUCACCAAGCAGCCAGUGGUGGACUCCAACAUCGGCGGUGGAGGCUUCGAGCCGUCCAACGAGCAGCCGGCGAGCGUUCCUAUCGACUACACCAACUUCCCGACCAUCAGCAACCAGGAGAGGCCCACCGAGGGAGAGGAAGUGGAGGAAGACGAUGACUUCAUCCACGCAUCCCGCAGCAUGACUGACCUGGAGAUCGGCAUGUAUGCCCUCCUGGGCGUCUUCUGCCUUGCCAUCCUGGUCUUCCUCAUCAACUGCAUCGUGUUUGUCCUCAAGUACCGCCACAAGAGAAUCCCCCCCGAGGGCCAAGCCAACAUGGACCAUUCCCACCACUGGGUUUUUUUAGGGAACGGACAGCCCUUGAGGGCCCAGAGUGACCUUUCACCCCAGACAGUGGAGAGCCCCAUCAACCACGUGGAGGGGGUACAGAAUUGUUGCCAUGGGGACCAUCACAGCAGCGGUAGCUCCCAGACCAGCGUUCAGAGCCAGGUCCAUGGGAGGGGCGACGGCAGCUCUGGGGGCUCCACCAAGGAGCACGGCGAGGAGGCCAGCUCGCCCACCUCCAAGCGCAAGCGCGUCAAGUUCACAACCUUCACCACGCUCCCCACAGAAGACAUGCCCUACAACUCCAUCCCCAUCGCAGAUGAAGAGGACAUUCAGUGGGUCUGCCAAGACAUGGGCUUUCAGGACCCAGAGGAAUUGCAUGACUACAUGCGCAGGAUAAAGGAAAUAGCCUGAAGGGGUGGCUGUUAAGAAGCCUUGGAGCUUUCUAAAAAUACUUUCCUUUCUAUUUUUCUCUUUUUCACUUUAGUGAGAGAACUUUUCACAAACAAAAACCAAGGCCAACUACUCUUCUGUUUUUGUUUGGGUUCGGGGUUUUUUCUUUGCACAGUGCCGUUUCCCGUACACACUCACUUUUUUUGGAAGUCGCAAAAACAAUUGGAAAGUCAAAGACUAGACUAAAUGAUUUUAAACACUAGUGAAAUGGCUUUGUGUGGAUGUCCUUUCUAAAGAGGUAGGGGAGUACACUCUCAAAUGGAAUUAUAAGCUUCAGUCAUGAGCACUGUUCUGGAGGAUGGAUUUGAAAAGUUCACUGUCACUGCUACUGGGGAUUAGUUAGCAGACAGGAGUGUUUUUAGCGGGACAGGUUGGGUCUUGGCUCUGUGUUUGUCGGUUUAUCCAAACUCCAAGUACCUUCUCCAACAAAGAGGCCUUUGAUGUACAGAUUACAUUUCAAAGAAACCGUUUUUGGGACGCAUGGUUUUACGCCAACAUGGGACAACAUGAUGGAAAACCAAUUGUCAAAGACGCUCAUUAAAAACCAUGUUAUGAUUUCAUUCAAUGUCAUUACUGUACAUUUAGCUACAUUUCAUACAUAGUCCAAGCCAGUGCCCUACUACUGGUUUCAUACACUAUCCUGAUUAAGUCUAAUGCCUUAGAAUGGGUUAUAGAAUGGGUUUCACUGAUUACAACUGAUUUCAAUGCUGACACCCUGUUGUCACACUUUGGGUUAAGGGGCAGUGCGGGGGGCAAUUAUCCAAAAUGCUACAACUGGUCAAAGGUUUAGUUAUAUUAGAAAAGACAAGAGCUUGUACGUAUAUAGUGAAGUAAACGAUCUCUGAAGUUCUUUGCAUGAAAUGAGACACUAAGGCACAAUAAGCAAUUUUCAAAAUUUAUAAAUGUUUAAAUUUGUAAAUUAUUAUCUAAUACCUAGACAAUACUAAAGGACACAUGCUAUAUCAUGCAUUACGUGCAUGCCGUGCCAGACCUGCCUACUGCAGCCCUUCCUCGUAUGUACAUACCAUGCCCAGCUGAGGUCCUCUUCAGCAGCAACAUUACAUUGAACUAGUUAUCAGGCAGAAAAGGGGGGAAGUGUUGUGUGCUGGGAACGUGUUGGCCCGUCACUGUAACCAUAGAGUUUCCCACUGUACACCUGAGGCCCUAAGAAUUACAAUGAAAGAACUCUCAUCCCGACAGAAGAUUUUGUAGCAGAAAUCGUUCCAUUUCCUUUUUUUCUUCUUUUUAAAUCAUGGUCACCUCGUGUAAUCAUGCUCCCAUUGAACUUCAUUUAUUUGUUUUAAUUUUUUGGAUUUGUGUGUAUUGUUUUGUAUUGUUCGGUAUUACUGCACUUUUGGAGCUAGAAACAAAAGCAUUUCGCUGCACCUGCGAUAACAUCUGCAAAAUAUGUAUACGCGACCAAUAAAAUUAGAUUAGAUUUCAUUUGACACCAACUCAUUUGUACGGAGUCACAAUAUUUGUGUUGCCAAUUUCCAAUUAACCUAAACACAUAAUGAGAAGUACUAUGUUUGGUCCAAAAUAUGUCAGUAAUAAAGCAUGGAUGCUGCACAGGAGCUGGUCAUGACAGUCACAGAAGCCAAGCGCGCCGGUGCUGACACAUUGUGCCAUUGUUAUGGUGGUGACGCCUAUUAAGUUUCUCAGAACUGACUUGGUUUGAUGAAAUCUAAAUUUUUAUGUUAGGAGUUUUGGUUAGUGAACCUGCACAAAUUAGAAUGACUGCAAUUGAUGAAUGCAAUGGGAUGCCAUUUGUAGGUUUGGUUGUGUAGAAACAUUGGCUAGAAUGUGAUGAAUUUUAAAGCACUGGGUGGGAUUCUUUGAAGGUAAGUAAUGUUGAUUCGUGCUGAUCUGAUGAUCUGCCAAGUUCUUUUCAGGAGUAAUGAAAAAUAAACAGGACGAAAAUGUUUCAAUUUUAAUUUUAGUUUAUUUGUAUGCUCUUAAGCAGGGCUUGGAUUUGCUGUGUUUUUGUUAAUCACAUGAUUUCACCCAACCACUCAAUUUGAGUUAUGAAUCAAUUCCAAUCAAUUAAUUUCCACACAAAACAUCAACCUAGAUGGCUGACAUUUUGUCGAUGUCCUACCUGCUAUUUAGUUAUUUUAGACUUCUUAAGAAUUUGAUUUACAGCAUGCCAUGUGAUGUGCGUUCCAAGUGGUUUCAUUGAAUAAUGACCUAAUUCCACAAAGUGAUUACAUCUCAAUCAAGCCCUGUUAACAUCUAAAGGUAAAUGGUCUUGAAACUAUUCAAGCCUCUGCUUCAAACAAAGAAACGGGUUGAGGAAGUGAACAGUUGGUUACAGCAUGCCUUUCUUUUUUUAGCCAAAGUUUUAACCCCCAUUUUAAACAAUGGUGUCUCAGGAUGAAUGUAUUGAUUCUCUAAUGUACUUUGAUCAUCAGAUGGGUUUUUUGUCUCUAGUAUUACACCUGGUCAACCCAAAUCAGAACCACUGCUUAACAACAGUGGUUUAAGUUUCUAAUAGCAGCUUUUAACAUUUUUUUUUUUUUAUAGUUCCUUUCUUUCGAAGUAGAUUUUAUGCUUUCAGAGAUCACUCAUUACAAAUGUCUUUAUUAAAAACAUUCUAUGGCUUCUGAUAAUUUGUAUAUGUUUCCUUCCUCCAUGUAUAUAUGUAUAUGCAAAACCAUUUUUGUAAUGUGACUUUGGUGAAGGUUUGCAUACUUCUGUGUACCGUUUGCAUACUUCUGUGUACAUUCUAUUUCUUCUCCGAGCUGCUGCUACAGACUUGGCCUUCUCACAUGUGGUUGAAAACAUUUGAAAUGUACCCCACGUGGAGACGUGCGAACCUCACGGUUCUGGUGACUGUGCUCCACCACACUGACAAUACUAUGUUAAUGUACAGAACACUGUUCAAUUUCCUGUAUUCUCCUGAAGAACAAAACCCUUGUAUUUCCCCCAUUAUAUGUAAAGGACUAAAGAAAAUAUAAUACAUAAACAAUGU